ACCACAUGACCCCAUCGCCCGCCUAUUAAAAGGAGGCCACCCCGGUCCCUCUUUUGUCUGGUCCCCAGCGCUACCUUCUCCGGACCCUACGCCAUGUGCGCCGCUCAGCUAGCGGCGGCUGCGCGAGCUGCCACGGCCCCGCUCUCUGUGUAUGCCUUCUCCGCGCGCCCGCUGGCCGGCGGGGAGCCUGUGAACCUGGACUCCCUGCGGGGCAAGGUGCUGCUCAUUGAGAAUGUGGCCUCUCUCUGAGGCACAACGGUCCGGGACUACACCCAGAUGAACGAGUUGCAGCGGCGCCUGGGGCCCCGGGGCCUGGUAGUGCUGGGUUUCCCGUGCAACCAGUUCGGACAUCAGGAGAACGCCAAGAACGAAGAAAUCCUGAAUUGCCUCAAGUACGUCCGACCUGGCGGCGGGUUCGAGCCUAACUUCACGCUCUUCGAGAAGUGCGAGGUGAAUGGUGCUCAGGCGCACCCUCUUUUCGCUUUCUUGCGGGAGACUCUGCCCGCGCCCAGUGACGACACCACUGCGCUCAUGACCGAUCCCAAGUUCAUCACCUGGUCUCCGGUAUGCCGCAACGACAUUGCCUGGAACUUCGAAAAGUUCCUGGUGGGCCCGGAUGGCGUGCCUGUGCGCAGGUACAGCCGCCGCUUUCCCACCAUCGAUAUCGAGCCUGACAUCGAAGCCCUGCUGUCCCAGGGGCCCAGCUGUGCCUAAGGUGACUCUCCUGGCCUUGCUGCUUGGCGGUCACAGCGCUUCCCUCUGGGGAUUUCAUCCAUGAUGGUGUUUCCUCUAAACCUGCAUGGAGAAACGCCUGAUGUCCAGGAAAAUCCCCGAGAUGGGCGCUGGUCCUGUCCAUCCCAGCCUCCCCCUCCCACACCACUGCUCUUCACAAUAAAUGUUGGGUGUCAGCAGAA